GCAGUCGGGCGGGCGCGCGGCCGCCGCGCGCGGGACGGGUUCGGAGCGGUCCGGUCCAGUCCGGUCCUCGGCACGCACAGCGGGAGCUCUCCCCCGCUCCCCCCUCCCUCUUCCCCCUCCCAUCCCCACCCCGCUCCGGUCCUCCCCCUUCGGUCCUCCGCCCCGCACCUGCCGUCCCGUAUGCUCGGCGCCCGGUGCAGCGCUGCCGCCGAGGAGCCGUAAGCAAAGCCGAGCCCCCGCCGCCUGCCCGGGGGGCUGCCGGGGGCGGGGAGCAGCGCCAUGGGGGUGGCGGGCACCGAGCUGCCCGGCAGCAACGUCAGCGCCAACCAGAGCACCGCCGACUCCACGCUGUCCCGGGACGUGUGGAUGGUGGGAAUGGGGAUCCUCAUGUCGGUGAUCGUGCUGGCUAUCGUAUUCGGCAACGUGCUGGUGAUCACCGCCAUCGCCCGGUUCCAGCGCCUGCAGACUGUCACCAACUACUUCAUCACCUCCCUGGCCUGUGCUGACUUGGUGAUGGGGUUGGCCGUGGUGCCCUUCGGUGCCUGCCACAUCAUCAUGGAGAUGUGGAAGUUUGGGAACUUCUGGUGUGAGUUCUGGACGUCCCUGGAUGUGCUCUGCGUCACGGCCAGCAUUGAGACCCUCUGUGUCAUUGCUGUGGACAGGUACUUCGCUAUCACCUCCCCUUUCAAGUACCAGAGCCUGCUGACCAAGAGCAAGGCACGCGUGGUCAUCCUUGUGGUGUGGGUGGUCUCAGCCCUCACCUCCUUCUUGCCCAUCCAAAUGCACUGGUACCGGGCAGAUCGGGAUGAGGCCAUCCUGUGCUAUGAGAAGGACACGUGUUGUGAUUUCUUCACCAACCAAGCCUAUGCCAUUGCCUCCUCCAUCAUCUCCUUCUACCUGCCACUUGUGGUCAUGGUAUUUGUGUAUGCUAGAGUCUUCCAGGUGGCCAAGAAACAGUUGCAGAAGAUAGACAGGAGCGAGGGGAGGUUUCACACCCAAAACAAGGAGCUGGAGCAGAAAGGUGGAGUUGGGCACCGCCGUUCCUCCAAGUUCUUUGUGAAGGAGCACAAGGCCCUCAAGACCCUGGGAAUCAUCAUGGGCACCUUUACCCUGUGCUGGCUGCCCUUCUUCAUCGUUAACAUUGUGCACGUCAUCCAGGACGACAUCAUACCCAAGUAUGUGUAUAUCCUCUUGAACUGGCUGGGCUAUGUCAACUCUGCCUUCAACCCUUUGAUCUACUGCCGGAGCCCCGACUUUAGGUACGCCUUCCAGGAGCUCCUCUGCCUCCGCAGGUCUGCCCUGAAGAUGUAUGCCAAUGGCUACUCAAACAGCAACGGCAAGAGCGACUACAACGAGGAGGACAACGGCUACCCCCUGGCAUCGGAUAAAACCUGCGAGCUGCUCUGCGAAGAGGGCUCCAUCCCUCACCCCGAGGACUUUUUGCACUGCAAAGAGAUCCCUGGUUGCCCAGGAAUGGUUGAGAGCUGAAUGGGCUGAUCUCUCUUCCUCACCAUCCUGAGCUCACGAGGGCUCUGAAGAGAUUGCGUGGGAGCAUGGAAUUGCUCCUCUGAGCCUGGGGAUGCUGUGGGAAGUGAUUGCCUUGGCAAAUGUCUUCAUCCCAACCCAUAGCCCAUCGUGCAUCGCCUGAAGGAGAAGCUGAUGAAGGAGAACCAAAAGACCAGGAAAGGCUCUGCUGGCACUGAGAGAGGCACUUUGCAGGAGUCAGUGCAUCUGAAGAGGCUGCAGGAGCCCUGUGAACUGAAGGAGGUGAAGGUCCGCAUCACCACAAAAGGUGCUGAGGGGUUCCCCUGGCACAGCAUCCCUGGAAAGCACUUUCAAAAGGGCAGGGAGGAUGAGGACCACGUGGCUGUCUUCAGUGGGUGGUUUGGAAGAGGCACAGCAAGGUCACUGCCUUCCAGUCAGGUCAGGAGACCAGCAGGAUGUGCCCACAGCUGCUUGUCCACAUGCUGGCUGGGGCUGGAGUUGAAAUAGGAAUCUGAGCAACACUGAGAGAGUUGGAGUGUGGAAGAUUGCUUUGAUUUACUCUGUGCUUGUUUCUCCUUCUGGUGUCUUCUCUGUCUACCUCUUUUUCUCUCUAGGCCUCUGUGUACUGCAUAUGGAGCACAGACCCUCACAAACAAGCAGAAGGAUCAGCACAGGGCACAUUCUGCCCCUGGGGGGGCUGAGCUGCCCACUGCAGAGCCACUGCUAGAUGGGGCUGACUCUGCACAGUGCAGAUGGAAUGUGGCCUUUGUGUGCCCCUUUUGCCAACAAAUAUGCAGCUACAACACCUGGACUUCAAAUGGGUAAAAGGCAAUUCUCUCACAUGUGCUGGUGCAACAAGCCACACUUGGGAGCUGAUUUUUCACACCUGAACCCCAAAACUUUUACAGAGCAUCUGCUCCUCUCCUGUAGCUGUGCAAAUGAGGAUGCCAGCAGCCUGCACACUUGACUUCUGCUUCAUGGAUUUGGAAAAUCGCAUUCAUCAGAGAAAGAGACAGAGAUGCAGGGGGGUGACAAGGCUCAGACAGGAAAUUAUAGAAAAAACUGAUUCAAAGCCAGGGGAAAACAUGCACCUUUUACCUGCAGAUGGUGUCCCAGCUGCAGACUGUGCUGCCCAGCUGGGUGACUCCAGGUCUCUGGUCCCUGAGCUGCUCCCUGAGACCUGGAAGGAACAUGCUGGUACUGAGCUGUGCCAGGAGCCCCAUCUCAGCCCUUCUCUCUUGGGCUUCCAGCUGUCAAAUCCUUCCCUCAUGUGCAAUCAUAUUUAUUUAUUUAUUUCCUUGCUAUUUGAUGCAAUGCUGCUAACAGAGCACCUUCCCCUCCAACACCCACAGCCAAGAGAGGAAGGAGGGUGAAGGUGCAUGUGGUGUGUGCCAGGUGUAUGCCAGGAUCCAUGCAUGGCCACCGAGUGGGCAUAUGCUUCAGGAGGGAAGGGCUGAGGUUAAACCAGAAAUACUUUCCCUGGGGUGAGUGUGCAAAACUUUCAUCCUUUGAGAAUGAAGAACAGGCAGGGCAAAGCUUUGCUAGGAAGGACAGCUGUAGGAUUCAUAAGCUCUGCAAAGCCCUUCUAGCCAGGUUUUCUCUGUCUGGUUGAGCUUGUGCAGGGUAUGUGUCUCUGUGCAAGUUGCUUGCCUAGAUCUUGUCCUCCCAGCUCUCCCAGUUGGAAGGAAGCAAUUUACUGGGCAUACAACCUGGCUUUGGACAGUUGGGGCAGGCCCCAGCCAGGGCAGGUUUCCACCAGGGUGCUUGCAGAGUUUGGAUGCCUGGCAGUCUUUUCUGCUCAGUCCAAAAAGAGAGAUUCAUGUACAGACCCAUUUCACACAGCCAGUGUGAGACCAGCAGGCACAAACCUCUCCAGAGAGUGCUGUAGCUGUGCUGGAAUGGUUCAUGUUCAGCCUUGUUUGUUCCUACCCAUUUUGCUACAAAACUGGCACACCUGCAGCAUCUGCUUGUGGUAAGGUCUCCCAUUUUAUGGAAAGUACUGUGUGUCCCAAUGCAGAGAGGAACUGCUCCUCUCCCAUGCUCAGCUGCUCUCCCACAGCUCCCACGCUCAGGAGGAAGCAGGGGUGCCCAGGAAUCCCUUGGCAGGGCCUCUGGCUGCUCCAGGGCAGCCUGGCUUCUCCCAUUCCCUUCUCUUUGAGAUGCCUCACCAAGGCCUUGUCCAAACCUGUGUGACUGCUGAAUGAAAGUAUUUCCCAACCAAAACCUGUUCCUCAGAAGAUUCCUGGCUGGCUCAAAUUACUUAUUGUUUACUGGAAACACUUCCCUUGGGAUUAGUUUUCAGAUUAGAGACAUGCAUGGGAUUGUUGUAGUUCUUUUUCUCACAAAUCCUCUCGUGCAAGAGCAGGUUUCAGUAAGUGAAAUGGAUACACUUGCUCUAAUAAUUUGCCAGCAUGGCCCUAAAACUGCUGAUCAUUUCCUUCCUUGCAGAGUUGUAAGAGUUGGAGAUAGAAGGGAUGUUACAAAUCCAUCUGCCUAUAGCCCUUCAGGCUUCUUCCAUGUAUUACAUUUCCUGGUGGUGUACUGCAUCUAUUUUUAAAUGCCCUGAUGCCAGAGUUAUUGUGAAGUCAUUUGGGAAACUUUCUCUGUAGUCCAAGUCAGGAGCUGCUAUUCAUAUUCCACCUGCAUUUCCUCCUGAAAACUUCAUUCCAUUAUUCUUAGUGAUGCUCUUUAAAUACCUGCUGCUCAUUAUGUCCUGCUCAGGCUCCAACACUUGACCUUCACUCCUCUUUCUUGCUCCAAGAACCUCUCUGUCACCCUGAUGGCUGCUGUUCCCCAUCCUUCCCAUAGUUUGGCACAGAAUGAGCCCAUUUGUUUAAUUCAGCCAUGCAGAGUUUCGUCAGGGACCCACACCCACAAGCAGAGCAGCCAGGAUCUCUGGCAAUGCUUGGGCUCCUCAGCAGCUCUGCUUUCUCUCUCAUUGCAAAGCAUGUAGGAUGCAGGAAAAGAGCAGGCGUAAAGCUGUGUCCAAAAGCAAACCAGCAUUCACAUCCUGCAGGGAGCAAAUACUUCCUAGGGACAGUACAAAGUCUCCAUCUCAGCAAAGCUGAGCAGUGAAGGUGUGGGAUGCUCCAGUAUUGCCUGUGCAGCCCGGCUGGGAAUGGGUGGGGGGAAGAAAUCCAUGGGGUGGCAAGGAGCUGUGGUCUGUGCUGCUUGGAGAUGGAUUCUGGGAGCAUGGCAGGGAGGGAAGCAGUGGGCAGCAGAGGGGCUGGGGAGUCGGUGUGGGGAGUCUGUGUGUGCAGCACAUGGCUGCAGCACCAUUGUGGUUGUAAGAGCUCUGUUCUUCUCACUGAACAAAUUGUUCCUACAAAUAAAGAAUGAAAAGUC